AUGGGCCUGGUGUUCGUCUACAUCGUCGAGGACUACGGUGUGAGCCGUGCUCUGGCGUCGUGGCCACAAAACGGACUGUUCGUCGCGGUGCACCUCUCAGGACUUCUGGUGGGCGCACUGCAGCAACGAAUUUCUCCCCCUAGGAUAGCCCUGUUGAGUGGUUUGGUGGCGUCCAUCGGAUUGAUUGCAUCAGCAUUUACAAAGGAUAUAAUAUUGGUGUCUGUGACGCUUGGUAUUUUAUAUGGUCUUGGUAUGGGAAUGUUUCUCAUGUCAGUCUCUGUUUACAAUCUCAUGCUUUUUGAGAAGUACAAAGGCACUGCCAUGUCAAUGACAUUUCUUGCCUGGGGCAUCGCUGGACUCUACGGACCCGUGUUACUGUCCCAGCUUCGAGAAAGUUACGCCUUGCAAGGUGGCUUACUAAUAUGCGGAGGAAUACUUUUGCACUCUGUGCCCCUGAGCUUGCUUCUCAAUAACCCUCCCCGCACAAACUUUAGCAGCCUAAAAUGUGAUAUCAGCAACUAUUUGCAUCGGAGGGCUGCAGUUUCCUCGAAAUCAGUCAAGGCGACAGCGCUUCCACUCGAUGAGCCAUCCGAAUACGCAGUAAAUAGCGUUUCUGAGAAAAUGCAUAGCGAGGUGAACAUGCCGUGCCGGGAUCUGCAUCCUACAGACAGUUCACACAGAACCGACGUCGAAGACGCUGACGUGGACAUACUCGACUCCAGAAGCAAGGGCGAAGACGGUUCACUUUUUGUCUCCACAACACCCAGUGACUUGCCUUCGCGCAGCCGCUUGCAGUCUUUAGUGGUACUGCUACAGCUGCCAGCGUUCUACGUGUUUCUGGCUACAACAGUAGUGAGCGAGUAUUCCCUUGUUUCCUUCGCCACAACUAUCGUCGAUUACGCAACCGACAAGGGAAUCGAGUUGUCGGUAGCAACGCAGCUAGUGAUCUUCGGCGCAGUGGGCCACAUUCUUGCACGCAUAUGUAUUGUGCCACUAUCCGAUUGCGCAAAGGCCAGUCGGUUGCCCAUGUAUGCUUGCGCCUUUGCUAUCGAAGCUGUCUGCACUUUGGCAAUGCCGCAUGUGGGGUCAAUGGCUGCCAUUGCAGUACUGCGAAUCUCCGAGUCCGUGGGCCAAGGCUUCAUCAUCUCUGUCCGGAGUAUCCUGCUUGCUCAAUAUUUGGGAAUCGAAAGAGUGGCAGCCUGCUCGGGUCUUUUCGGACUUGCCAUGAUCCCGGUGUCCCUCAGUAGCCCUACAGUACUCGGAUUUUUCCGUGACACCAUUGGCUCAUACGACCCCUUCUACCGGAUGAUGGGCGCUCUCAAUGCAACCAUGGCCGGUUUAUUGUUCAUGUUCUUCGUUUACGACUGGAGGCGCACGAAGAAACAAUGAGCCAACCAGCGUGGUCACACCGAUUGAUAGACCGGCAACAAGUAGCCGCUAGCUGUACUUUGUAUAGCACACAGAGUUGUUAUACGCUGAAAGUCUCACAAUUAUGGCGUAUGCCAUGUCAGCAUCAGCCUUUUUUACACGUAGGAGCGCAAGGAAAUUUCAAGAGUGAGGGUGACAGCUAUGCAGCUACAAUACAGGGCGUUUAUUUCAUGUUAACUAAUUUUAGUAUAAUACUAAAGACUUAUAAGUUAGAUACUCACAUUUCAUUCAUGAAAGUUCGAACAUAUGGCAUAAAAAUGUCACAACAAGAUGCACCGCUUGUCAUCAGAUGAUUUGUGCAGAAACUCCCAUAGCAACAUCAAAGCAGCCAUAAAGAACAUAUGUUUAGACGACACAGACAUGCAUCACGCAGCGUACAUUUGAAGCAAGUUCCCAAUAUUACAACCUAGAAGCACUCUGGAUCCUUGUACGAGUACAGGCUGCUCUCUCGCACUUCACCGCCAUGUGUUCCUUUAAAACCUGCCGUAGAGUGCCUUUUACCUAACACUACAGGUGAUAGGACAUUUGUGUUAAAAUAUUGUGGUCGUAACAAAGGGCAAGUGAAGCUUUCAAUAUCGAGCCAACCUACCCUUUUCGGUAACUAGUGCUAGGCAACACAGUUAAAACAUUAGAGCUACUACAUUCCGGAAGGUAUAGUAUAUUCAGAUGGACAAAACUAGCGCAGUACCAAGAUAUCCGUUUCCGCCAUGCGAAUAGCGGCAUUUCUGGCUCGCUCGUUGAGGAGUAUUGUUGGAGUGAUCAUAAAAAAACUCUCUUCACAGCAGAAAUGAGCGUGCUAUUCAUACUGCAAAAUUGUGCCUCUGAGUCGUAAUAUAGGCAGAGAUCACUGCUUUUCAACAGAACAGAAAAAAAGCUAUACGAAUAUAUGCAUUCAUGAGGCGCCCGCAUUGGUCGAGUUAAUCAAUUGCUACCAUUUUGCAUUGUCGCCGCGUAAAUUGCGUUCCAGCGUGAAUGUGAAUUAUUGCAAUUUGCACUACUCAAGUUCCGCAACAUUUUUUGCCUAACUGCAUUCGUAGCUACUCCCACGAGUCGAUAAUUGGCGUGAAUGUAAAUAAACCUAUAUUUAUGAUAUUCAAAGUGUUUUACUGAUUAUUAAUAAUGUGGCGUUACGAUUGGUAAAACCAGCAAACCAAUAUUUCUUUUUUUCUACAUUCGCUCUACUGCGCAAAUCAUCCGUUAUAGAAAUAAUAGUUACUGAGAGGCCCCUCUUAAUUCACCACACAUCAGCAAGGAAUUACGUCCAUAGGCUUGCCUCGACCGUCCACGUGCGAUGCCUACUAGGCCGCUGGCGACGUUCCUCCGCAAAGAAGCGUUCUAACAUGCCUGGUAGCGGUCAUGACACUUUUCGUUCUCUCCAGCCAAUCGUAGUUGCCUCUCGUACUGCAUCGCACCAAGAAGUCACGCUCGUACGUUGUCAGUGAAACGUUCGAGUAAAUACAGUGUUACUAGUUGCCAUCGCUUUCAAUGCUUCACCUUUGCGCCCAAUUUGACAAAGCCUGUGAUAAGUUUAACGUCAUCUCAGACUCAAUUAUUGCUACUUAUGAAGCAAUUUUUGACUACGCGUAUGUAUACAAGAUAUUAUGUAUUGAAUUAUACUGUAUGCCCCCCGCCACCCUAGACCUCUUCUGGGACCUGUGGGGUAUUCCGAAAUAAAUAAAUAAAACAAAUAAAUAAAUAUUACGGUAGUCGUAACAACCUUCCUUACAAGUUGUGCUUCAGAUAUAUUACAAAUAUACCGCGUAUAGCACAGCUUACGAAUUAGUCUACUUUCUGCUAGCGCCAUGCACACCGCCACGGGGAGUUUACAGUUUCUUCGGUAUAGCUAUUAAACCCAGACUCUUACACUAACGUAUAAACGACUGCAUGUCUGGUAGUAGUGUUGAUCUUUCCUAGCCUCCAACGUCAAGGCCACUUGAAGGGUUAUAAAACAAACGAUUUUUCGUGCAGAGAGGGAUCAUUGAAACAGAGGCAACGUGUUGUUGCAAAAUACCAAGGUCACCAGCACAAAUAAAGCAAACGGAAAGGGCGUAACACGUGGAGAUCCACUAUGCACAGUUGGAAACCAUCGCAUAUCAGGAAAAAAACAGGUGAUGCCUUCCCAGAUAGAGCUAGACUUCCCAAUUACGCGUUGGCUUGUUCUUUCUUUCUUUUCUCUUUUCCCCGCAGCCGCUAGGUUGAGUGGGGAGGACGACUAACCGCUAUCUAGAUCUACAGAUUUUUCCAGCUGCGCGCUGUUUUCCUUGCACCGCCGAAUUCAUGCAAUACAAAGAGGUAAUGUGAAAAAUCAGAGGACAGAGCAACACGGGUUACACAAAAAAGCAUAUAAAUGUCGUUUAUUCGUAUAUAGCGAAAUAUAUCUUUGCCCGAAGACUGGCGCACAGGGAAAAGUAGCACAUGCAGAAGAGUCAUGCGUUUUUAUGGUAAGAUAUAAAACGACUGACGUCAGGCUUGACGCAGCAGAUGCCUCUAAGUUUCCGAGCAUCCUGCCUUUCUGAUCCCAUAGAAGCACGUUGGUCAGUCCUUGCCAUUGUGGUGAUAUUUAAGGAAUAUGCUAUGAAAUUCUCCGAGGAAAAAAGAAAAUAAAGAAGAAAGGGAGGACAAACCGGCCGAUAAUGAAGCUUCCCAGCUUCAAUUGUGUGGAAGACCAAGGGUGCAGAUG